GGACGGGAAGGAGAGGCCCGUGCGUGCGCAGGCGCGUCUGCUGCGGGACAUGGCUAUGGUCAGUCUCCAAGCAGUCUCAGCGCUGACCCGCCCGAUUCCGAGUUUCAAUCGCGGCCCUACAACAGGCAAGCCAUCCCUUGAAGGUGACUCCAGUGUGACCUGGACUAUUGGUUUGGAAGAAUGCAUUCUCUAGUCUUCUUCUGCGCGCAGAAAGUGAUCUCAGACCAUGUCUCGACUCGCAAAGCCCUGGACUACAUACCUAAUGAAAUCUACCCGGUAUUGUUCAAAGCAGCAUUCCUGGACCUACGCACACUGGUGGUGCGCGACUUGGUACAGAGGUGGCCCUUCAGCGUCCUCAACUUCUCCACCAUCCUGAGGAGCUGCAAGCACUGCGACCGCGAUGUGAUCCGGGAAAAGCCCAACAAGCAGUGCUUACAGGCAGUAAUAAUGGGAGUGAAGGACUAUCUCACAAGUGAGUUACGACAGAGCAGAAGCCUUGGCAGCAGAAAAACAAAAGCAUCAACGUCUCAGAAAGAUUUCAAGCUUAGGAAACAUCGAUCGCUCCGUGUUGUGGAUCUCACUGGUCUGCAAGAUGACGGGGACAAGCAAGUUGCAGAUAGCAUCGGACAGUGGUCCCGAACAGUGGCUCUGGCUAAAGCCUGCAUUGAAGUAUCCCGGACUAGCAGGAGGGAUGAAUUAAGUUCAUCUAAACGGAGGAAGGGGAGGAGUGGGGCUCCUUUGGAAGGUGCAUGUGAAAAUCCGAUCUGUGUGGAGAUACAUGCCAAUCUCUUUGUCACAAGUAACUCUUAUGGGACAGUGAAGGAUGCACUGCAGGUGGGGAAGACCUCACCCUUGUGUCUGAAAUGUCGUGACCUUCGAGCGGAAGAAUUAUCUGCCAAGAAAACCAUCAGUAUCUUGGAGCUUUUGGACACCGUGGUUCUCAGGAAGAUUGAGCUACGCUAUAACAAUCUUGGUCUUUGCUGUCUGAGUACAGUCUUCCCUUCCUUGCCCAUGUUUGAGAAUCUGAUCAGUCUGAAGCUCCCCUACAGUAAUAUUGACGUAAGAAACAUGACUCCAGAAAUAGAGGAAUCCUUCCAAAGCAUGGUUUCCGUGUUCAGUCAGCUGCCUAAUGUGAAGGAGUUAAAUUUGGCAUCCUGCAGACUGUCAGGAAGAAUCAGUGAGCUGCUGAGUGUUUUGCAGAAGCCAUUGGAAAGCUUGGAGCUGCCCUACUGCUUCCUCCUUCCAGCAGAUGCAACCUAUCUGGCCAACAGCCAUCAUGCCCCUUUCCUGAGAAAGCUGGAUUUGAGUGGCAACAACUUGUCUGAUGUUCUCCUGGGCCCUUUUUGCCAGAUUUUGCAGCAGGCCUCUAACUCACUGGUGUACCUGGAUAUCAUGGAGUGCAGGGUGAUGGACCAGCAGCUCACCUCUUUCCUGCCCGCCCUCAAGCACUGCUCUCAGCUUCAGUACCUGAGCUGUUUUUGCAACCCAAUCUCCAGUCAGGGCCUCAAGACGUUGCUGCAUACUGCCGUGCAGUUGCCAUCUCUUAAAAUUGUCGUGCACCCUAUCCCGGUUGACUGCUAUGAAGAAGGACUUCCUUGGCCACCAUCUACAUAUGACCUUAUUGACUACAGUAUUGAUCAACAGAAGCUCAGUAGGGUCGAUGCAGAGCUGAACGAGAUACGUUUAAAGGCAGUGAGGACAGAUAUCGUAACCACAGUUGAGCUAUACAAUGACUUCUCACUCGACAUGUUGCAAUUGUACUGAAGCAAACCCAUCUUCAUUUUUAACAACUGGAACAGCUUGUAUUAAAUGCGUUUGAGACAAUGCCAUUUACAUGAAUAUUUAUAUAUUCACAGAUGUCUGCUUAAAGUUUUAAAAAAAUAAUCUCAUUGACACCUUUUAAAGGAGUUCGUAAAGUUGAACUAACUUACUUAAUGCCUUCCCCAGCUUAGCCUGCACGUAAUGCUUGACGCUAAAGUAUCUUGUUUUUCACUCCCCAUCUAGAUGGGCUAUUAAGUAGUGGGUUUGGCUCAAAGAUGUGAAGUGCCUACUACAGGAGUAGGCAUCAUGUUGAAGUCCAAACGAGAGCACUGACAUGUUUUGUAAGAUGGGGAAGUGUAGCAUGUUUUUAAACAGAUCUCUUUGCAGUGAAUUUCCUCUCGAGCUGAUUGAGCAAGAAAUAUGCCUGUUUCUGUCAUUUUGGAUAGAUGUGGAAGUGAUUAAAUUUGUGUUUCCAACAUUCCAGGGGUUCCCAACCUGGGGUCCACGGACCCCUUGCUCAAUGAUUAUGAUCUGUGGUAUCAUAAAAGAUUGGGAACCCCUGCUUGACAUCUCCGGGUCAAUAUUUUGCAGAACAUCUGAACAAUCUGUGCAUUUUGAGAUACUAAAAGUGUAAAAAAAAAUCUCAAAUGUCCACAGUGGUUCACCAGCUCGGAGAAGAAGCUUACUGGUGCCCCUAAUCCAUUUUUCGAUUUGCUGCACAACUAUUUACAACUGAAGCUGCUAAACUGUUGCUGACAACCUGUUUGUUCUUCGCCCAGUUAGAGGAAUCAGCUGGAUGUUAAGUAGCAGCUUGCUAUUUGCCUCCCUGACUUGCAUGUCAGGUAAGACAGCUGGGGUGCAAUAUCCAUGAUCAACUGUGACCAACGGAGGGCCUCAGGUAUUUUGAGGAGAAUAAUGAGAAGAGCCUCUUUAUUAGGUGCUUUGAUAAACCGUGCAUUUCUGCCCGGUGAAUUUUAUGUUCUGGUGACAGUUGGCCUUGUUGCUGACAAAUGCUUUUAAGUAGCUAGUGCUACGGUUGAUCCUUGUUCAUCUCAAGAGGUACUGAGUUGUAAUUAUUUAGGGGAAGAGUCAUUGCAUCUGCUCAGAGUGGAAUAUGUCAGUAUUUCCUAGUGGUAGUGGUAGUAGUGUGGAAUGUUUAGAACAGAGGUUGGCCUCCAGUGACAACACAAUGCUCUGCCUUGCAGCUGGUUCAUGCAGUUUACAGAAGGAGGUAGCAACUGGGAUUUCCGAGACCCCAAUCCAACCUGGAAUUUACUCAGUUGGAAGUUCUGGACACAAAGUUUUAAAUACAAACACAGUUUCAGAGAAAGUAGUGAGGCCCAGAAGGAAUAUAGAAAUUCUGUAAUCAGCUGUGGAAUCCUGGCAGGGUAUUUUAACUGUUGACUAUUCAUCCAUUUAAAAAAAAUUAGCCAGACUACUCAACUGAGACUUAUUCUAACAUAAAGAGCUAAUACUAUUUCUUCAUCACCAGGGCUCUGGGUUGGUGUUUACUAUUCUUCAACAGUUGAAUGCAAAGUUCAUCAAAUGGGUCAGAUUUGCAGGUUAAAUACAUGCUCUUGCAUCUACUCAGAAGGGCAUGAGAACUGGGUCACAAUUGCCCAGAAAUAAAGCCACUGCUCUUUCUUUGAAAGUCGGUUAAAGGUGACAUAGCCACCCAAAUCAUCCCAUGGUUUAAAAGAAGACCUGAAGCAAGGAUGACGUUCUGCCACUUGAAUGUCAAGCACCAUUGGGGAAGUACUUAAUCCCCCACCUUGGAUGUCAAAGUAAGCUGAUGCUGGAAUAUGUUGGAAAUGUUCAGGAGCAAACAUGGCAAGAGAAACAGCUGACGUUUCAAAUGUUGUCAUUGUGACUUUACCUGUUACCCCGUCCCUGCAUCUCACUUGCUAAACUGUAUCCCCCAACUUUUCCAGGGCUUUGAUCUGAAAUGUUAGAUGCUAUGUGACCUUCUGUGAUUUUCCAGCAGUUUGUAAUUUUAUAUUAGCUGUAGAAUAAAACCCACUGUAGUGGUGAACCAUCUGAAUUAGAAUCUUGAAUUUAAUGGGGAGGUUCAUGUUGUAAGUGAAAAUAAAAAAUAUGGAUGCUGGAAAUCUGAAAUAAAAACAGAAGAGUUGUAAAGACUUUUGGAUAGGUACAUGGAGCUUAGAAAAAUAGAAGGCUAUGAGGAAGUCUAGUAAUAUAUAAGGUGGGGACAUGUUUGGCACUGCAUUGUGGGCCGAAGGGCCUGUUUUGUGCUGUAGGUUUUCUGUCUUUGACCUGAAACUUCAGCCCUGUUCCACUGAUGGGACCAGACCUACUGAGUAUUUCUAGCAUCUGCUGUUUUUAUUUCAGAUUAAUCAUCUUGUUUGCAUAUAGUGCAUGUUUCUGUUUAAAUGGGCCAAAAGCAUUUAGCUGUAUAAAGAAAUGUGUGUUAGAUUUGAGCCCUUUUCCUUAAGUGUCCUUGUCCAUUCAUGUUGUACCACUUCAGAAAUGUAUCUAUUAAAAAUGAACUUUUA